AUUCCAAUCAAACAAUAUUAUAAAGGAUCGAAUGAUGCAUUUUUUACAUUCUCUUCUACAGCUGCAUUGAUAUAUUUUAUACAUCACAAAAUAAUUGAGCGUGACCUGGAGAUAAUUAAUUUGGAUGUCGACAAUAGAUGGGAUAAAUUUUUGGAUUCUCCAGUGGCAAAACCAAUUCUUAGAUCUGUAGAUUUUAUUAGAACUGUUUGGAAAUGGUUUUACAUCGAGAUACCAUCCGUGAUUCAUGAUUACAGAACUUACAAAGGGGAACGUGUAGAUGUUAAUAUUCUUCGCUCAUUUUUUUCUCUGAUAAUGGUGUUAAUCUGUUUGAUCAUCACAAUUCCUACAGUUAUUCUUGCAUGUAUAGUUCUUUAUAUUCCGUUAGUGAUAAGAAUGGUAAAUAAGAUUUGGAAAAAACAUUUAGUAUAUAUUAGUCUUGAGAAUAUAUUCUAUGCUAUAAUAACUUUAGUGUUCUUAACAUUGAUCACAAUUAUUUCGCCAGUGAUUGUAUUGGUCGGAGAGGUAGCAGUCGUGAUCUGUGUGUUGAUGAUAUCAUUACUGGAAGUAUGGUGCGUUGGUAUUUUGUCAAUUAAAGCUGGAUUUGAGAUGAUUGAAUGGAUAUUGAUAUGUGUUAUAGGUUAUAGCUGGAAUAUUUUUCUUUGA